CGGAAAGUGUAGCCGGACGAUGCCGGCCCUGGCGGACUCGCUUUACAACAGUGGCGAAAAUGGCGGAUGAACGGGUGAUAGAGCGGAGUGUUGGCGGAGAGCUGGGGACAAGGGGCGUCCCGGAGCCCGAGCAGGUGGUUAGGAAUUGGCAGGAAGGAGUUGAUUUGUGUUUGGGGAUAUAUCAACACCUGAAGGACUAUGUACCUCCGGUGCAUUGCUCGGGAUCAGAAGUCAAGCCACCUGAGGAUGAGCAGGCCUAUCAAACAUUACUUCAAACCUUGGAGUGGUUUCUGUUCGGAGAAACCCCAGCAGAUGGCUUUGCAAAACUGGAACAAAACAAUAGUUCUUCACAGCUCUGUGGUCGAGUUUUCAAAGGGGGAGAAACAACGUAUUCCUGUCGAGACUGUGCAAUAGAUCCCACUUGUGUGCUAUGCAUGGACUGUUUCCAAAAUAGUGUUCACCGAAAUCAUCGGUACAAGAUGAAUUCUUCCUAUGGAGGAGGAUUUUGUGACUGUGGGGAUGUUGAAGCCUGGAAGACUGGACCUGCUUGUAAAAAGCAUGAACAUGGUGCCUCAGAGGACGCUGUGAAUCCUGCGAACCAAUUACCUGUGGGUUUGGCUGAACGAGCCCAGCAGCUGUUCACUAUUAUCUUCAGGUAUAUCGUGGAUAUGUUAAUUUGGUCAGAAGACAAAGAGCUGCCUUUGGGACUACAACCGAGGGAGAAGACAGACUCAUAUUUCUGUGUGCUGUUUAAUGAUGAGCAGCAUUCGUUUGAUCAUGUCAUUGAUUCACUCCAGAGGUCAUUAGGUUGCUCACAGAGAGAAGCGCAGAAUUACACCACCUUGAUAGAUAAAGAGGGUCGUAGAGCAGUAAAGCAUGGAUCACUACACUCCUGUCAAGAAACAAAGUUAGAGGUUUUUAACAUUACAAACAAUGUAUUCCAGUCACCUCUACGCGUUGAAAUUCUUCACUCGUCUGUUGUAUCCCAUCAGACAUUCGCUUUACGUCUUGUCUCAUGGCUCAACCAAGUUAUCAGUUACUCAGCUAGCUUACGUCAGAUUUUCUGUGAGGUGGUGCUUAACCAAGAAUCAGACUCUGAUCAGCCUUGCUUGAUCAGCAAAUUAAUGUUGGCUGAUGCCAAACUCUGGAAAGGAGCACGCAAAGUCUUCCAUGAACUAAUAGUGUGCAGUUUGCUGAUGGAAACCGAAUACAAGAGGCUCUUUGCUAUUGAAUUUGUCACUCAUUACAAGCAACUGCAGCUUGAGUUUGUGGAGGACGAUCAUGAUCGCAACGUUUCUGUGACUGCACAGUCUGUUCAAAUAUUCACCGUUCCAACACUGGCUCGUCAUCUGAUUGAAGAACACGAUGCUCUCAAAAUCAUUAUCGAAACCAUAAUCGAGCUGUUGUCUGAACACAUGGAUAACGGCAAGCUUCAUUUUCAGAGUUACUCCCAGGAUAAAUUGUUCAGGAAACAAAUGGUCUUGUAUGACCUUAAAUAUGUUUUGAUCAGCAAACCACCUCUGUGGACAGAUAGACAGAGAGAACAUUUCCUCGAAGGUUUUAAAGCUUUUCUGAGGCUUUUAAAAUCUAUGCAGAACAUGGAGCCAGUGAACCGGCAGAUUGGGCAACAUCUUGAGAUUGAGCCUGAAUGGGAGCCAGCGUUCACUAUUCAGAUGCUCCUAAAAUGUGUCCUGUCCAUGGUUCAGGAAUGGUGUGCAUCUGAUGAACAAGUCCUUCUUCGAGCCUACAAGGAGUGCCAUCGUGUUUUGUCCCAGUGUUCUAACGAGUGCAAUCAGCGCAAUGCAAGGAAGCAACUCAACACUCUGACCAUGUGUGGUCAUUCCAUCAGCUUGAAACGCUACUUGGUAUCUCGAGAGCCUGUCAGUAUCCACCUUCCCCUAUCCAGGCUCCUUGCAGGUUUACAUGUGCAUCUAAACAAGAGUGGAGCAAUUGACAAGUUAGAAGAGUUUGUGCCUCCAUCAGAGUUUCAAGUAGAAAAAUUGAUGGACUACCCAUUGCGCUGCUUAGUGCUUGUGUCUCAGGUCUCGGCUGAUAUGUGGAGAAGAAAUGGAUUUUCCUUAGUAAAUCAGGUGUUUUGUUAUCGAAAUGUGAAAUGGAGGGAAGAGAUGUUUGACAAAGACAUAAUUAUGUUACAGAUUGCUGCUUCAAUCAUGGAUCCAAAUCGAUUCCUAAUGUUUGUAUUGAACAGAUUUGAACUGUUUGAAGUUUUUUCUAAGUCCCCAGUUCCAAGAAAUAAGGAUGUAAUUCAGCAGACCAAUGUUCUAAUAGAGGAAUUGCUGCACCUUAUUAUUAUGGUGGUUGGGGAAAGGUAUGUUCCUGGAGUGGGCCAUGUGAAUAAAGAUGAUGUAACUUUGAGGGAGGUGAUCCAUUUACUUUGCAUUGAACCGAUGCCUCAUAGUGAACUGGCAAAAUCAUUACCUGAGAAUGAGAACAAUGAAACUGGUUUGGAAAAUGUUAUACAUCAGGUGGCCACUUUCAAAAAGCCAGGGUUGUCUGGGCAUGGUGUAUAUGAGCUGAAACCAGAAUAUCUGAAGCACUUCAAUUUGUUCUUCUACCAUUACUACAAGUCACAGCAGACAAAGGCUGAAGAUGAGCAGAAGAAGAGGAAAAAACAAGCCAACAGCAAUGAAGCUCUUCCACCUCCUCUCCCUCCUCAAUUUUUUUCCACAUUUGUGAAGGUCACAAACAUUUUGAACUGUGACAUUUUAAUGCUAAUCCUGAGAACAGUUCUCCAGCGGGCUGUGGAUUCUACAGGACGAUUGUGGAGUGAAGCAAUGGUGCAGAAGACUCUUCAUCUGAUCUGCAUGGCUUUACAAGAAGAACAGAGCCAGCUAGAGGGAGGAGUUGCAGAGGAAGAUGUGACCUUUGAUGUUUAUCUUAAGGCAACAAGGGUAGGAAGCUCUGCAGUGAAUGCCGAGAGCAUCUUGUCACUUCUAGAGAAACUAAGACAUGUACAUCAGUUAGAUGCCCAGAAGGACAUGAUUAACUGGACUCUACAGAUGUUUGAUACUGUGAAAAAGCUGAGGGAGAAAUCGAGUCCGUGUUCAGCAACAGAAGCAGGCAGUCAAAAGGCAAAUGAGACCAUACAGGAUAAAGAUAAGGCUGAACGUAAACGGAAAGCAGAGGCAGCCAAACUAUACCGGCAGAAGAUUAUGGCACAGAUGUCUGCAAUGCAGAAAAAUUUCAUUGAAUCAAACAAGCACCUCUAUGAGAAGGCGACAGAAGCACCAAGACUAGGGACGAUCAGGACUGAGGAAGAUAGUGUUCCGAUGACUGAGGAUUCUGGUGUAGCUUUGGGACCAAUGCAAGGUGCAACUGCAGCUGAGAAAAUAACACUAAUAUGCAUCUUAUGUCAGGAAGAGCAGGAAGUGAAAACAGAUGAAAUGGCCAUGGUACUAGCAGCUUGUGUUCAGAGGUCCACAGCGCUGUCAAAAAAUACAUCUCGAACCAUAACGAAUCUAGGAGACAACCAUGACCCUAUAAUUAUGCACCCUGACCUUGGCUGCGGCACUCAUGUAGGAAGCUGUGGUCAUGUUAUGCAUGCCACCUGCUGGCAGAAAUAUUUUGAAGCCGUGCAGAAUUCAACACGCAACAGGCUGCAUGCGGAACUGUCAUUUGACCUGGAAAAUGGGGAAUUCCUCUGCCCUCUUUGCAAAGCUCUGUGUAACACUGUCAUGCCAGUUAUUCCACUGCAGGCUCACAAUCUAGACAGCAAAGAUACAGAAACUAUAGCACAGAUCCUGACUUUAUCUCGCUGGUUGCAAAAUGUGUCAGCGCGGAUAACUGGAUUAAAUAUUUCAGACACAAAAGGAAAAGAAAGCAACCUAAUACAAGCAAGUCCCGUCUCAUGGAAGAAUCCUGUAGAAUUUAGAUCCAUCCUCAGCUUUGGAGUACAGUCACCGAUUGCAUAUUCAAAAAGCAUUGUUGAAAUGCUGCAGUUGUUCGCUACAGCUGUGUACCGAGUAGGGUUGAAGGUUGCCCCUAAUGAAGCUGAUGCUAGAGUACCAGUGAUGGCAUGGAGUGCUUGUGCUUUUACCAUUCAGUCCAUAGAGAAUAUGCUUAAAGAUGAGGACAAAGUUUUGUUCGGAUCAUUGCCAGACAGACAGGGUAUUAGCCUGAAAGCAAUUCUGCAGUUUGCUGCUUCUCAGAGAGUGGUGGCAUCACCCAGAGUUAUUCAGAAACACCUGACCCGCUUAAUGUCAGUUUUUGUGCCCCACAUGGAUGUUGAAGACUCUUGGUCAAUUCUGGAUAUUGACUUCUUCCACCUCUUGGUAAGCCUAGUCCUAGCAUUUCCUUCAUUGUACUGGGAAGAGACUGUGGAACUACAACCCUCAGACAUCAGCUGUGCGUUCAACAACCUCUACCUCUUCCACCUGAUUACCAUGGCGCACAUUGUACAGAUACUUUUUACCUCAACAACAGACUGCCCUAUGGAGCAGGAUGGAGAGGAAAGUGAGGAGACCCAAUCAGCAACAGAGCUGUAUGUAAUUCUUCGGGAAUACACAAGCAGAUCUUUAGAAUGUAAGCCCCAUGGCUGGUACCUGUGGAAUUGUGUGAAGUGUGGCAUCACUCCAUUCCUUCGUUGUUCUGCCUUGUUCUUCAACUACUUGCUAGGAGUGCCCCCUCCCGAGGAGCUCUCAAAAGAUUCCUCAGAAGGGCAGUUUGAAGCCUUAUGUUAUUACCUGGCAUUGCCUACAAACCUUUUCAAGCUUUUCCAAGAGCACAAGGAUACAGUGUCCCUUUUGCUGCAAAGGUGGUGUUCUGAUUCUUCAGUGCAAAGCUUUCUUAAGGGAAAGCGAACAACAGUCCGGUAUCCAAGGGAAAGAAAUCAAUUAAUGGAACUUCCAGAAGACUACAGUUGUAUACUGAAUCAGAGUUGCCAGUAUAAGUGCUCCAGAUCUUCUGAUGAUGAGACGAAGAAUCUAGCCCUCUGCAUGUUCUGCGGAGCCAUGCUGUGUUCGCAGAGUCAAUGCUGCCGGGAAGAAGUAAAUGGAGAAGAGUUUGGAGCUUGUGCAGCUCACGCUAUAAACUGUGGGUCCGGAUUGGGAAUGUUCCUCAGGAUACGGGAGUGUCAGGUGCUGCUGCUGGCAGGAAAGAAUAGAGGAUGUUUCAUACCAGCUCCAUACCUGGAUGAUUAUGGGGAGACUGACCAGUUGCUCAAGAGAGGUAACCCAUUGCAUCUGUGCAUGGAGCGAUACAAGAAACUCGAGCAACUGUGGCAGCAGCACCGCAUUCUAGAAGAGAUCACGAGAAACCAGGAUGCGAAUCAAAUCAUCUUUGGCUUUGAGUGGCAGCAGUUCUGAAUUCCUGACUCACCAUGCUUGAGAGUAGCAGCGCCACUGUAACUUGCUGUUAGAGUAAUGUCAAUGGCUAGUCUCUGAGUUGAUUAAGUUGACAUGAACUGCUAUUAAUCUGCUGUGUCUAUAAUCUAGAUACAGUGCGUCCAGAUCCUGUCCACAAGGAAGCCUACAUUUGUUGUAGUUUCUGACUUUUUGUACGCCCUAUUUGAUGAGGAUAAGAAUCUACUACCGCACUGUGGUCUUAUGUAGGGGAGGGUGAAGGAAUUAGAAAUUUGAAAAUGUUAACUUAAUUUAUGGAAGCAUUUCAACCCCCCUCUUUGUGGAAGCCAUUUUCUGCCUUGCAUAAUUCACUACUAGGGAAGGCACAUCAGUCCACUGAUGAUAUUUAACUGUUGUGGCUGUGCCAGUGUUAACAUUUGAAGUAGUGAGAAGCAGGAACUACCAGUUUUCGCUAUAGCUGUGAUCAGUAUCUUUCUUCUAUAUGAUGCUCCAUCCUGUUUAAAUUUAAUAAGAGUAAAAUAAAAUUACAAUAUACAGCUGUUUUCAGGUUGUAUCUGAUACCUGGGUAAACAUGUUUUUGAUCACGCAAGGAAUUGAGAUUCACAUUGAUAUCCUUACAAAAUUCUGCUUCAAUUGUACCAUUUUGGUCAAUUCAGUUAAUAUUAGUCAGAAGUCAACAGCACUUUGCAGUUAUUGCUAUAUUUGACUUUGUUAAAGUUCUUUCUGCGAGUCAAAUUUUGUUUUAUAAUGCAGAAAAAAUUAUUUUCCCCUUUCAAUGUCUUCCUGCAGAGCACUAUGCAAGUUCUAUCAAUGCAACCUUGUUUCAGUCAGUUCAAUUUCAAAAUUAGUGCUGGCAGUGAUAGAACAAUUAAGGGGCUGAAGGAGCUUGAUGAAACAAUGGAGUUUAUUAUCCUUUGUUAAAAUACAGCAAGUUCAAAACACUAUAACCUCUGAGAGAGGAUGCUGAUAUAUUGAAUUGGCAAGUGUUUAAAAUUCUGCCCAGUUGCCAAAGGAUCACAGUGUAUUUGGUGAGCAGUUACAACAAAAGUUGUAGUAUGAUGUUUCAUAUAAGCUGUACUGUGAAUUGCAUUUGAUUGUGAUGCCCAUUAGCAUGGUAAAAGCAAUGCUGUUGGAUCAAGGGGAACACUUGGCCAUGCCAUCGUACUUCAAGAGGCUUAGUCCACUGAUUCUGCAUCUGUUUCGUCUCCAUUUUGAGCAGGAUUUGUGAUACCACUUCUGGCAAUAGUUCUAUCAAGUUUCAACAGAUAUUUUAUAAAGUUAAUUACAAAUGAAGAAUAUAUCGAAUGCUGUGUGUUUUCCCUUUUUUAGGGAGUGGGACUAUAUAUUAAAUAACAUUACUAGAUAAUAGCUCUAUGCCUGCAUUUUUUGUGUAUAUGUUCAGUUUUAAAUUGCGUCAUUGAGUUACUGGCAGCUCAUCACUGCUAAUGUUUGAUGUUUCACAACAGUUAGAAUGCUGCCCUGAGUUAGGCUUCUCUAUUGCACUUUAGAUUUUAAGGGACUAAAAGCCAGCAAUCCCAGGACCUGAUGACCUACAACCGAGGCCUUUAAAAGAGGUAGCUGCAGAGUUAGUGGAUGCACUAGUUGUGAUUCCAGAAUACCUGAGUUCCUCGAAUGGUUCCAGCAGUUGGAAGUUAACAAAUGUAACGCCGCUGUUCAAGAAAGGAAGGAGAGAAAAAGCUGGGAACUACAGGCCAGUUAGCCAGACAUCAGUUGUCAGGAAAAUAAUGGAAUCUAAGCUUAUUAAUAAUAAUCACUUAGAAAAUCAUAGUAUGACGAGACAGAAUCAGCAUGGUUUUACAAAAGGAAAAUCAUGUUUGACAAAUUUGUUAAAGUUUUUGAGGUGGUAGCUAAGUGGGGUAGAUGAAGAGGAACCAUAGAUGUAAUAUUUUUGGACGUCCAAAAGAUGUUCAAUAAGAUGCCACACAAAAGGUCAAUUUGCAAGAUAAGGGCUGAUGGAGUUAGGAAUAGUAUAUAAGAACAGAUAUAGGAUUGGUUAAUUGACAGGAAGCAGAGAGCAGGGAUAAAUGAGGCAUUUUCAAAUUUGCAGACUAACUAGUGGAGUGUCAUAAGGAUCAUUGCUGGGCCCUCAGCGAUUUACAAUCUAUAUUAAUGACUUAGACAAAGAGACCAAGAGUCAUGUAUCCAAAUUUGCUGAUGAUGAUAUAAAGCUAGGUGGGAAUGUAAGCAAUGAGGAGGACACAGAUGCUGCAAAGAGAAAGCCAGGUUAAGUGACUGGACAAUAAGUGGCUGAUGGAGAACAAUGUGGAGAAGUGUGAGGUUAUUCACUUUGCUAAGAAGAAUAGAAAAGCAGAAUACUUUUUAAAGGCAGUGAAACUUUUAAAUUUUGACAUUUGGAGAGAUCUGGAUGCAGUAGUACAAGGAGCACAAAGUUAGCAUAUAGGUACAGCAAGCAAUUAGGAAAGCAAAUGGCAUUUAAAUGGCAAAACGGCCUUUAUUGCAAAGGGAUUGGAGUACACAAAUAAGGAAGCCUUGAUGCAAUUGUAUAGGGCUUUGGUGAGACCACACCUGGUGGUGUAGGUGCAGCUUUAGUCUCCAUAUCUAAAGAAGGAUAAACUUGCCUUAGAGAAGCAGAACAGUGAAGGUUCAAGAGGUUAAUUUCUGCGAUGAGAGGCUGAAUAAAUUAGGCCUAUACUGUCUGGAGUUUAGAAGAAUGAAGGGCAAUUUCAUUUGAAACAUACAAGAUUCUGAAGGGGCUUGACAAAGUAGACACAGAGGUUGUUUCCCCCGGCAGGGGAACCUAGAACAUGGGGGCACAUCCUUGGGAUAAGAGGUCAAUCAUUUAGGACUGAGAUAAAGACAAAUUUCCUUACUCAGAACUUUGAGGGUUGCGUUUGCUCCAUCAAUGAAUAUAUUUGAGGCUGAGAUAACCUUGGUCUCUCAGGGAAUCAAGGGAUAUGUAGAAUGGUAGGAAAGUGGAGUUGAGGUAGAUCAUGUAAGCCACAUUCAUAUUGAAUAGCAGAGCAGGCUCAAGGGGUCAAGUGGUGUACUCCUGCAGAUAUCCUGAGCACUAUGCUGCAAUGUGAGGGAAGUCAGUCAGAUGGGUCUAUUCCCAGGCAUGUAUCUGCUAACAGUUGUAUGGAGUUGCACAGAAGCAACCUGGAUCAAAAGCUCCAAGAGUUAAAUAUUUCUCUCCCCUUUUUCCUUGCUUACUGCCUGUUCACGGAGACUCUGGCCAAAAUUUGGAAAUAUCUGAGGAUUGUGUUAUCAGUAGUAAGAAUAUAGCAAGCUGUAGUUUACAACUGUUGAGGUUUUCAGUCACUGAUCAUUGCCCAGUAGUGGUAAUCUGAAAUCCUUCUCUCAACCAGGUAUUUCAUGAGGCUUGGAAACACUGUUUAAGGAAGUGUUUUUUUAAAUCUACAAAUUCAGAGGCAAUGGGCAGGGUAAAUAUUGACUCAGACUACACUUCUUAACAGCUCAGACUAGGAUCAUGUUGAUACUGUGCUUGAUAAAGUAAUUUAAUACCCCAUGGUGAAAAUAAAACGGUUUGUUUGCAGUAAGGAACUAUUCAAAAUGGAAAAACCUUCACAAAAGCUAGGACUUGAAUUCCACUCCAACUUCACUGCUUAUCAUUUGUGAAGAGAACCUUUGGUCCAAUGUCAAAUAGAUCUUUCCCCAUUUUUUAAUUUUAGAAUUUUUGACAAAAGCCAUACUGUGUUUGUGCGCGCAUGUAUGUUUGUGUGCGCGUGUGUGUUUUGUAGUAAAUACUUAAGCCACUGGCCUUAUUUAUCCUUCAAGUGUUAAGUUAAUUGUGAUGUUGAAAAUUAUCUUGUCAACACCAAAGGAAUAAGUUGUCUAACUUGAAUUAUGGGAAUGAAUCUCCUUCUUACACCCUCAGAUUCUGAUUUCCAUUUUUGCCUUAGAGCAACAGAGAGGUUGAGUAUUUCCUGAAAACCAGAAAAGUCUGUGUUUUGUUGGCAGAACUCAGCUGGAGCUAGGGAGAGGAAGAUGGACUGAGGUUCCUGUCCCUGAUUGUUGUUCCAGCAACCCAUGCUGCAAGUAUGUGUCAGGCUUGGCUGUGAUGCCCUGUACAACUUUAGUCUGGAUUCAAUCAAUUGGGCUCAUGGAUGGAAAUAGUGAGGUGUUAGAGGGCAUCCAUAGAGCCAUAUCCCAGGAGAAGAGUUGAUGUUUUCAAAGUGAGGGGAGAAAAAUGCACCUGAGGUGCCUUAGAUUUCAGAAUAUUUGGCAACUUUAUCUUAUUCACAAUCACCGUUCAUUUCCUAGGUAUCAUAUUGAAUUCCAAUUGCAUAAAAAUGAUAUAAAUGAACGCCUAUUCUCAGCACCCCUCAAGAAUCUGUCAAUACUGUUGCUAAUGAAUUUAGCCUGAUAGCUUUGUGUGAAAGAAAACUCCACAAUUUUUAAUAUGUACUUGCAGGUGUUUAAUCCUAGCAAUGUGUAAAAUUUUAAAAUACAUUAUUUGAGAGCUUUUCAAGAGAAUCCUGUGAAUUCCCAUACUAUACAGAAUACAGGAAGUGUAGACUUGAAUGAUGAUACAUUUUGAAACCCUGGCGUGAUUUAAAUUUGUCUCAUAGUUAAUAUGCCAUGUUAAUGUGGAGCAUUGGUUACUUUUUCUGUCCAUUAAGAGUAAUCCUCAGGAUUAUGUGAAUCUUAGAUAAAUAUUGUGUUUGUGUUUAUUCAUGCUAAUUUAAGAUAAUCAGUUUGCUUUUGCUGCUAUUUUAUUUUGAGGAAAAGCAAGAGAACUCUGGUAGAGUAGGAAAUCAGUAUUUUAUGACCACAAGUUUGUGUUGUGUUCAUGGGAGGGCUUCACAUAGGUACAAAUGGAAGGGAAAAUAAAUCAUUUAUUUGCAUCCUAUUAACUGGCUAUGUAUGAUCAAUGUAAUUUUUUUCAUUCAUGAUUUAAGGGAGGUACCUUCAGAAAAGGAGGGAAUGUGCACAAACUUCUGUCCUUGAUGUCACAUGCAAACAGCACGGCAUUUUUGUGGCCUGAUUCACUCUGGUUUAUAUCAUUAAAUCGCUUAUUGGUCAUUUCUUCAUGUAUACAGUACCACUUUAGUUGAUAAUGGGAAUGUAUUUAUGGCAAUAAUUUAAACAUUGCUGGUGAGGUUAAUAGCAAUAUCUGUUACGUGGAUUAAAAGAAAUGGAGUUUA